GAGGAUCUUCUGCUUGUUCAAAAAUUCUUAUCUGUCCCGUCAGACAAGGAAGCUUCAAUCACAACCUGCUCUGCUAUAGACGCUCUUUUACAUCCCGAUCCUUUUCCUCGAAUCACAUUUGCUGAGGCCAUGAGUUAUCUUGAGUCUAAAGGGACUAAAGAUCUCCAUCCAUCCGAUAAUCCAAGCGAUAAAUGUCUGAGCCGUGAAGAUGAACAGAAUCUGAUUAAGUGGGUCUCUCGUGGAGAUAUACUUCGCCCUAUCUUUCUCACCCACUUUCCGUCCUCCAUCAAACCCUUCUAUUGCUCUCUAACUUCGCAUUCUAAAGACUUAACAGAAUCUGUUGAUCUCCUGGUGCCUGGAGUUGGAGAACUGGUUGGGGGCAGUGUCAGAGAAAUGGAUUUUACUAAGCUCAAGGCUAGAUGUCCUGGUUUUAAAGAAGGAACACCCUCUGAAAACUAUACGACUAAUUUGGACUGGUACUUGUCCCUUAGAGGCCUAGGUAAUGCGCCUCAUGCCGGUUUUGGCCUUGGAUUCGAACGUUUUCUUCAGUUUAUUUGGUCUGUAUAUAAUAUUCGUGACCUGGUACCAAUUCCACGUGAAAUAGGAAAAAUAUAUCUCUAG